AUGGCAGCAGAGCCCUAUCUUACACCUUCGGACAAAUUGGGUAUCAUCGAUGCGUACUUUAAUUCUCCCAGCCCAGCUGUAUCACGAGAUCAGCAGCCGGAGUCAAACAACACAUCCUUAUCAUCUUCAUCACCUCAUCGUGCGAGCCCAUUGGCCGACAGGGCUCUUCCAAAAGAGCCGCCCAUCGAGCGGCAGCCUGUGCCGCGAAGAAGUCUUCGUCGUCACAUGGAAGACACCUCGCAAUGGCCAACAGCAGGAGUCUUGAUACAUAACAAAUCUCCGUCUCCGGAAGAUCACGAGCAUGAUGGUGCAGACAUUACGGCAGAAAUACAGGAAAAGCCUCCGGUUCCAGCAAAGGAUCCGAUUCCUAACCGCUCCCUAUCGUCCGCGGCGGGAGGGACAGUUGAGGGACCUAUCGAGUCCAGAAACAGCCCGCAGGUCCCUCCGAAAGGGUCACGCUCCCAGCACUCAGGCGUUGGUUUUGCCAGAGACAUUGAGAAGAAGCCGGCAACACCACCCAAAGACUUCCCAGAAGCACGGUCUGAGCCACAAGCGUCCAAUCGCCACCAUCCUGGCCAAUCACUAUGCAAGCAAUGGUCCAGAGUAACAGUUCUGCGGCGCAAAUCGAAUGCAAAACUUUCACCUGUGCCUACAACCAUAACAGAAGAACCGGAGGUUGCGACGGAAGAUCUUGAGAAGAUGCCAAAAGACGAUAAGGGACAGGAAAGUGAUAUUGCGCCACAACUGCCUGCCACUUGGAGUUGUACCGUGGGGAGAUCGUCUUCAUUUGAAAAAGCGCUCGAUGCAGUGAUCCAGAAGCUCGACGACAUGGACGAGCGGAGGCAGUAUGAGAAAAAAGUUGAGCUCGAGGCCGCUGUAAAGGUCGCCUCAAAACUCGGGGCUUCUCAAGAACUGGUCACAAACCUGGGAUCGCCCAGCGGCUCGCGCUCAAGGCGCCAGACCGAGGACAAAGUGGGAUCCCCCGCAGCAGUUCCAGCAUCAGACACGAACGAGUCGGGCGCCUACCUCGACAGCAACAUCAGUGACAGGGACAUCCUUCUGGGGCUCAAGAUGGCCAUCUGCGCCGCCUGCGACGAGGAUCUGGACGCGUGGAUCCGCGACAGGACCGGGCUCCGGCUGCGCCGGUUCCUGGCGGAUCUCAAGGCGUUCGACGCCCUCUCUAAAGACCGCAAGCCUCCUGCCCCUCAGCCUCUUCACCGCCAGAUACGCAGGACCCACAACGAGUCGCGGCGACUCAAUGCCGAGCGGGAGCGCAGGAGGCAGAGUAUGAAGUUAAAGGCGUGGAAGGGGCCUUGCUUUGGGGCGGACGGAUAG